AUGACUCAGCGUACCAACUGUGAUGAAAACGUAAGUUUAUUUUUGAGCUUUUGAUAUAAAAAAUUGAAACAAAAAUGAGAAUGCGUCGUAUUUUAUAAAAAAAAAUCAUUUUUAAAUUUACCAGACUUUUCAAACAAUUUCGCUGAUACCGUAUUUUACCAAAAAAUUUCCAGACAAUGCCCCCAGACGACCAACAACUCUUCAACCUCCUUCAACUCCGCCUUUCUCGCACAGAAAUGUUCUUGAAAGACCAUAACGGUACCAACCCACAAGACUUUUUCCAUGUGCCCGGAGGUCUAGAAGAGAUCCCCACUCCAACCCAAGACUCAUUCAGAGAUGAAGUUCUGGGUGGAGACUUGGAUGAGGUUCGUGGUGUGCCACAAUUCACUCACCGCAUCUCAAGUCAAAUUCAAGAACGACGGAACGAUCUGCCACCACCUAGAGACCAAUCACUGGUUACCCGGAGCAUUAUCAGACAACCUAAUGCUUUGAGAACGCCACGUGCUAACGGUAGGGAAAGAGAACGAUGACUUAUGUUUUACAUUGUAGAACCUUUCAUUUGUGAAAUUUUUCGUUGUAAAUGUGUUAUGUUUUAAUGUCGUUUGUAGCUAAUUCGCUUCGUACGUCCACCGACCGUUUUCGUCGGCAUGAAUUUGAGGAAGAGAUACCCAGUAAUGUCCCUAAGGCUCGUUUACCAGUAAUAUACCCCGUAGGCACUAACGACCGUGUCGAUCUCGGCGAAUCGGCCAUUUUGAACGGCGGUAGUGGCACUCAACCAACUACUAUAAUAUCGCGCCAAGGCAGCCGUUUCCGAGCACCAAGUGCUACAGUACCGUUCGGUACAGUUCCGCAGAGAAUUCGUACUGCAUUUGGAGUACCUCAGAGGAUUAAUACCCGGCUAAAUGGUGUUACGAAUACUCGAGAUGAACAUGACAAUCACAAUCAUGAGCUUGAACCUGCCAAUCAUAACCAUGAGCGGCCACCUCCACGAAGAAGUACUCAUUUUAGUGAAGCUCACGAGUUCCCAAUAGCAGGAAGUAAUCGCUAUAUUGUGAACAAGCCAGAGACCAGUAAUCGAGUGUUGUUAUCGACCAAUUCGACUAGAGAAACCGUGCCUCGAGCAAAACAUUUUACCGUAUCAAACUCGCCAGCUUAUCGACAAUCAAAUGAUGACCUACUUGAAGAAAAGCCUAUGAAGUCAAGCCUGUCAAUCCGUAAACUUCACCUUGGCAACGUUCGCAAACUUGGCGGAUUUGCUCACGCCACCUCGUACGGUGGAUCAUUUGCCACAUCGGCCGAGCAAGCCAUUCCAACGACUAGAAACUUAAGAACCUUUAACAAUUUGACACCAGUUCGACCAGUUGCUAAAGGCCUUACUGGCCCUCAGGCUUCGAAUUCGGAAUUCACAUCAAUACCUUCCGCACCAAAAGCUCAGGCUUUCAUUCCAAACCGAGUAUUUUCAAUUGAAGACGUUCAACCCCAGCCAAUUCGGCCACAAACCUCACUAUCCCCUCAACCUACACACUAUUACAACAACUCGGUUUAUCGACCGGUCGGAUUCGCUAAUACCGUACAAACCGUAGCUCCACCGACGCCACGGCCUUUGCCACAACCACCAGUAGAGACCCCACUUCAUUUGAAUCCUUCUUACCGGUCGCAAUUAGAAGAAGUGCGCCGUGAGCACGAGUUCCUGGCUCAGCAACAACAAAAAGAGGCUAAUCUACGGGGUUUGUUGCAAUGUUGUCAGGAUCAGGCGCCUGGUUGUCGGCAUUUGUGCUCACCGGAUGUUAGCAAAGAAGAGGUACUGAGUUUUUCUUUUUUAGCACUGUGCUAUAUUGCACGAGUUCACUUCACUGCUCCUCUGCACUAA